AUGUCGUCUUCUUCCUCUUCGACUCGCCUUUGGAAGUACGAUGUGUUCCUGAGCUUUCGAGGGCCAGACACUCGCAAAAACAUUGUCAGCCAUGUAUACUCGGCACUCCGUAACAAAGGAAUCUUUACUUUUAAAGACGAUCGGACGCUGGAGAUAGGAAACUCGAUUCCAGGAGAACUUGUAACAGCCAUCCAGACCUCACGGUUCGCCAUAGUUGUCAUUUCCGAAAAUUACGCCACUUCCACUUGGUGCUUGGAGGAGCUCCGGAUGAUAAUGGAGCUUCAGGAGGUGGAUGGCAUCAGUGUGGUUCCAAUCUUCUAUGGAGUUGCGCCAUGUGACGUCAGACACCAGAGGGGAAGUUUUGCAACUGCGUUUGCUAGCUUGGUACGGUUAGAAAUGGCUGAGAAGUUUCUCAAAUGGAGAGAAGCUCUCACCCGAGUCGCAAACCUGUCAGGCUUCGACUCCAACAACUGGUAA